AUGCCGUCAGUGCAUAUUUCAUGUGAAACUUAUUACCCGAAGAGGAGAAAGAAACACACCAAGAUAUUAUCAUUCACUGGAGUCCCUCCCAGAACUGUCCCAUUUCCAGAUAACAAGGGUCUCCUCGUAUUGUACUCUAAGCUUGGUGGGUGGACAGGGUUUCGAAUCUCACUCCCAAGAUCAGCCGUCUAUUUCAAAAACAUCCAAUACUUCGAAUCAUCCACAUUCGUCAUGCAGGCUGAUGACGAGAAUUACGAGGAGUCUGACAGAGCCAGUUGUGGCGAUGGGUUCCGUCGCAGCUAUGCCAGUUCCUGUGUUCUCCCUGGAAUCGAACCAGACAAUAUGGGCGGAAAGCACUCGCUGCCAGUCGGGAACAGACAGUCGGCCGCCACACACAGCGAAGUAGAGCUGGGCAGGUUUACCGAUGACCUCACGAAGCACAUCGACGCUGCGUUUCACAUAGAGAGCAACGAUGUUGAGCUCUCGCUGUCGGCGAUCGAGUUCGCCCCGAAAAAAACCCCUCAGGAACAUGACGAGCAGCCUGAGACCGAACAUAUCGAAACCAAGCAGGACUCACCAUCGAAGAGACGUUCGCUGAGGGAGCGCGUUCGGUCGUUCGCCUCGAACUCAAAGGCCUCGAUUGGUUCUGACAGGGCCAGCUGGCAGAGCUUUUCAUCGGGACACGCUGAACUAUCUCGUUCGCUGCGGUCUAACUCUGUCACCACUUUCACCGGGAGUAUAGGAAAUACCAGCACGAAAUCAAGCCCCAAAGCGAAGAGGGAUUAUAUGUUUGUCGACCUGGAUUACUUUACGCAUCCUCGACCGAUGAGCGAAGUUGCCAGUCCUGAUGUAUCACCAAGGGCAAAGAAGCCGAUUAAAACGAGGGAUCUCGAAGAGCCAGGCAAGAGCGCAUUCCAGGAACUGGUCGACUAUAUCCGCACUGUGACUGGAACUGAAGUAAAAGCUCAGUCACUUGAAGACUUCAAGGUGCUGGAGACCAUGCAGGAUAUCAAAAACCGGAGCGCGAUGUAUCUCAGGUGCACCAACUGCCGUGGCGACUGUCCAGUCUGCGGCGCCGCAUGCUGCAUCUAUGAGAACGCUCGUCGCGCAGCGGUCUUUGCCCAGCCCAGCUCCGAAACGGCUCGCCAGUCGAAGACGGUAUUAGACACUAUUGAGAGUUUGGGCCCUCAUAUCCGGAACGUGGGCACUUUCUCCCUGUGCAGUGAGUGGUACGGCUGCGGCAGAUAUGUGUGCUCCAACUGUGCCGGCGCAUGCAAACCCGACCCCUGGUGCCCAUGCGACUGGUACAGCAUAGAUUGA